UUUUCAAUCUUCAAACACGCUUUCUCCCCUAUUAAUGUCUCUACCAUUAUAUGUGGCUCCUAAUCUUUCCUUUCUAACAACCACCACCAGUAAGGUCUUGUGGAUGUGGAACCCUAAUCCAAUGACUACAAACUCUCAUGAGGAAGAUGAUGACUCAUGGGAAGUGAAAGCCUUCGCAGAAGAUACCAGAAAUGUCACAGGAAUGACUUGGCCGCCACGGUCCUACACUUGCACAUUUUGCAGAAGAGAAUUUCAGUCAGCUCAGGCUCUGGGUGGUCACAUGAAUGUGCAUCGUCGUGAUAGAGCUCGGCUCCAUCAAUCCCAGCCUCACUUGAAGAACCCUAAUUUAUCUUCUUCCAGUCUCUUGAUUCCAACUCAAGAAGUUGUUGCGAAUGGUGGUCUAUGCCUUCUCUACUCCAUACCAAACCCCAGUACCAUUUUCAACCCUUCAUCUAUAAAUAGUGUUCAAGGUAGCCCCUCCAUUUCACCUCAUCCGAAUACCAAUAAAUUCAUCAAUGCAAGUGUGGCUUCUCAUAGCUUCAAUUCUUCCGUUUCUAAUUCGAGCAACACAGAAGCAUCAAAUCAUAAAAGCAAUGAAGAAGUACUCAGUCUAUACAAGAAAAGAAGGAAAACUGAUUCAAUGGUUGCAGGAGUCGAUCUAGAGCUUCGUCUAGGAUGCAGCUCGUUGGCUUCUUGAAACACAUAUAUAUGUAGUGUGUGUUUUUUGUGCAUGAAUGUGUGGUUUUUUUCUAUUCUGUUCAAAAGCUUCAUUCUUUUCCUUUUUAAUAUGUAAAAGUAUGAAUUUUUUUAUUUGUUGUUUGCGAUUAUCAAAAGGAUAUUUUAUAUUACCCAUAGCAUAAAUAAAGGGUUCCGAUGUUUUGAA